AGAGCCCAAUAAUAGCCCGGCCCAAUCAACACGGAUGCUCGAGAAGAAAGGCUGAGACUGAAACGUAGGAACACCCCGAAGUCUGAACAUACUAGAAGCGUAACCCUAAGUCUCGGACCCCAACCCUCGAGGAAGGCGACCGGAGAUGGCGGCGUCGUCGGCGGUGGAGAAGCUCAAGGUCCUCUGGGACUCGCAGGUCAACGACGAGGAGCAGUGGGCGCUCAAUUAUAAGCUGCUGAAGGCUGCUGGUCUGUUUGCGGGAUCCAUCUUCCUGAUGCGGAACUUCGGUGAUCUGAUGGCCAUUUAGUAGGCUUAUCAGCGUUGUUUACUUGGAUCCUAUGAGUGUUGUUUUGAUGUUCCAAUAAUUCCUGCUAUGAAUAUGAAAGGCUAUUUUGCUCCGAAGAGGACUAGAUCUGUGCCGAUAGUGCUUGAUCUUAGACUUUGUAGCCAUAGAGAUUAGACCCUUUAAUAUUCGGCAUGUACCGUGGAUAUUUUGGAACGAUGGUAUCAGUCUGCACCCAUAAUAAUUUUUGAUGGGUCAUUAAUAUUUUAAGAGAAGAUGUUGCACCGCAGGGCAGGGUCUAAGAUGUCUUAA